CACCUUCUAUUUUUUGGUAUGGUACAGAUUACCUGAUGUCUCUUUAAGAUAUUUUAAAAGGUUGAAAUAAAAAAUAUACUAUGUAAAUAGUUUUAAGAACGUCUGAAAUAUUCUUUAAGUUAACAGAAAACUAAGUUAUAUUAAGUGUCGGGUCGAGAUAGUUACAUAAACAUUCAAUAAUCGCGGUUUUCUCGUCGGGAUUCUGAUUUGCUGAAGAUUAUGAAUACAUUGAGUGGGUGGUGAGAACAAUUUGCUACAUCCGAAGAGAAUGUCUUCUUCUCAUUUGGUGCUGCCUUUGGUGCUAGGCGUAGGUGUGAUAGUUACGUCAUUUGUGAUAUAUAAGUUCUUUUAUUCUUCUCCAGAUGCACCUAGCAAAGUUACUAAAAGUAAAAGUAAAAAAGUCCUCUUGAAAGAUCCACAGACGAAAUAUCAACUACCAUUAAUAGAAAAAACUAUUAUCAGCCAUGAUACAAGAAACUUCAGGUUUGGUCUACCAGAAAAGGAUAUGGUGCUUGGUCUUCCUAUUGGUCAGCAUAUUAUACUGUCCGCUAAAAUCAACGAUGAGUUAGUUAUAAGAUCAUACACUCCUGUGUCAUCAGAUGACGAUCAAGGAUACGUUGAUUUAGUUAUUAAGGUAUAUUUCAAAAAUGUUCAUCCCAAAUUUCCAGAUGGUGGCAAAAUGACUCAACAUUUAGAAUCCCUUAAAAUUGGCGACACUAUCGAUGUACGAGGUCCAGCGGGAAGAAUUGAGUACUUGGGUCAUGGUAAAUUUACAGUGAAAAAACUUAGGAAGGAUCCACCAGAAGAAAUAACAGUGAAGAAAGUUAACCUCAUUGCUGGAGGUGUAGGAAUAACUCCAAUCUUACAGUUGAUCAGACACAUCCUCAAAGACCCCACUGACACAACAGAAUGUGCAUUAUUGUUUGCAAAUCAAACAGAAGACGAUAUUUUGUUAAGACCAGAAUUAGAAGAAGCAGUGAAGAGUAGACCUAAUAGUUUCAAGUUAUGGUAUACUUUGGACAGACCCGGACCAGAUUGGAAAUAUAGUUCCGGUUUCAUCAACGAAGAAAUGUUAAAAGAACACUUGUUUCCCGCUUCUGAUGAUGCUUUAGUCCUCAUGUGUGGUCCCCCACCAAUGAUAAACUUUGCUUGUACUCCAAAUUUGGAGAAACUUGGCCACGAAAAACAAAGGCUGCUUGCUUAUUGAAUAAUUAAAAAUUUUAAAUGUUUAUUCUUGUUUUUUGUAUAUUUCUGUUGCAAUAGUGAAAUAAAUAAGUACAACAUUUUUAAAA